GUUGUGUGAAACUCACCUCAGCGCACUCACUCACACACACACACACAGAGCGAAGAUGGCGGAGGAAAACGGCAGCGCCGUCGUGCUGCAGUGCAACGUGUUGCCCAUGGUGGUCGGUCUGCAACGUCAACAUGGUCUGCGCCACAACGACUUUCAGCGCUAUCGUCGCUUUUGCACCCGUCGCAUCCACCGCCUGCGUCAUACGAUCAAGCUGACCCAUGGCAAGCGCACCUUCCAGCCGGCGCCCAUCACCGCCGCCAACCUGACCAGCGAAGCGCACCUUGAGAUCCUUCUGCUUGAAAUUGAGCGCGCUUGGGCCUACGCCCUUGAGGACAAGCAAGACGCCAAGGACACGCCACGCAAACGCAUGCACGCUCGCACUCGCCUGGGCAAGGCCGUCAAGCACGCCGAAGCUCUCAAGGCCCUGCUAGCCCAAGCGGCCGAGGAACAAACUGCCACCGUGGAAGAAGCUACGCAGACAGAGCUGCAGGCUUAUCUGACCUGGAUCGCCGGCGUGGCUGCCUUUGAAAACAGCAACUGGGAGCGCGCCACCGAGCUCCUGACGCAGAGUGCCCAGAUCUACCAGGGCCUUGCGGCUACUCCCGCCAUUGCCGCGGACGCUGAACUGCAAAAAAUCUACCAACAGCGCGUAACCGAAAUCACCGCCAGCCUUCGCUACUGUCACUACAACAUUGCUCAGACCCAGGGCCACGGCGCCGACGCCUCCAAGGCCCUCAAGGACCUCAAAGCCCAGCUGGCCGCCGACGAUGCGGGUGUCAUGGCCAUGCUUGGUGAACGUCUCGAGGCUGCCCUGGUCGUCGAGCACGAAGGCGAUGCGGACAGCUUCGCCAACGUCACCUGGCUCGGCCGCACAGCUCCCGUGCCCACGCUGCCCAUCCGCCAGACCUUGGCCCAGAUUCAGGGCCGCCGUGAUGAAAUGACAGCCGCCAAUUUUGCCGACACUAAGGAACACUUGGUCGCCUUUGAUCAGCUCCUCAUGGACUAUGCCGAAGCCGAGCGCGUGACCGCCAAGGCCUUGGCCGAUGAACGCGCCGAGGCCGGCUCCAAUGCCUCCGAGUCCUCUCUGGAAAAACAAGCCCACCUUCAAUUUCUCAAAGCCUACCUCGCCGCCGAACGCCUGCGCACAACCAUGGAACGCAACUACGUCAUGGUCGAUGCCAGUGCCGCCCGCCUGCGUGCCGAUGAGGGCAAGCCAGAUGAACUUAUUCGCCUUUAUGACGACCAGCUGCAAGUUGUCACCGAUCUCGAGACCAUUGAGUUGAUCCAGGAUGAUGCCGAUGCCAUGGAUGCCAUUGCCGCUCGCCAAGCCUACUUUCGUGCCCUGCGCUGCUUUUACGUGGCGGAGGUUCUGCGCCGCACCGACAAGUUCAAGGAGAGCCUGCGUCUGUACGAUCGCACACAGGAGCGUUGUACACAGGCCCACGCUGCCAUCAAGCGUCUAGACGAGCCAUUGUCUGAAGACCAGCGCGUCCAAGCUGAUCUGGCCAUGGUCAAGCGCAGCAUCCGUGCCGUUCAUCUCACGAUGAAGGCCACCGUGGCGCUUACCGAUGCCCAGGCCUCGGCUACCAAAAGUGCAGCGGCCACCACAGCUUUGGCCGAUGACUUGCAGGUCUUUGACGACUCAGAGGCCGCAUUGGAGCGUCCUCUUGUUGCUCUUCCACCCCAAAUGCAGCCGAUCCGAUGCAAGCCCUUGGUCUUUGAUCUGGCCAUUGACUACCGGCAAUAUCCCUCGUUGGCCCAUCGUCUCGAGACCAAGGCCACGGCUGCCUCGGUGACCAGCACUGUCGGUGGCGUUCUCAAAUCUUUUACUGGUGGCUGGUUCAGCUAGUCGUGCAUACUUGUGUUCCGCUCCCACUCCC